AUGGCACAUUUAAAGAAGGGGUUAAAGGCUAUACUUGAAAAAAGUCCGGAUGACAUUGUGUUUUUGUCCGCGCUAAGAACUCCUGUGACGCGAUCUUUUAAAGGAAAGCUUGCGAAUGCUCAUGCUGAGCAAUUGCUUGCUACCGUUUUACAAGCUACAAAGGCUCAGUUGCCUACUCUAGAUCUCUCUGAGGUAUCAGAUGUAGCAGUGGGAACUGUUCUCUCAGAGCUAGGUGGGCAAAAGGCUGGUAGGGCAGCUCUCUUGCACGCUGGAUACCCCGACUCAGCAGCCAUUUACACCGUCAAUCGGGCAUGUUCGUCUGGUCUACAAGCGGUGACUAACGUUGCAGAGGCAAUAGCGGCUGGCCGUAUGGAUAUGGGCAUUGGGGGCGGAAUGGAGAGCAUGACGAGAAACUAUGGCUCGAAAGCCAUCCCGAAUAUUGUGUGGGAGGAACUACGUGAGUCGUCUGUACAGGCAGCAAGAGACUGUCUGCUUCCGAUGGGCAUCACCAGCGAGAAUGUUGCGCAGCGAUAUGGCAUCUCACGUACGGAUCAAGACGCCUUUGCUCUAGCCAGUCACGCCAAAGCUACAAAAGCGCAGGCCGAAGGUCGGUUUAAAAAUGAGAUCAUACCCGUUGAGCUGGUUUCAGAAACAGGAGACGCCAUCACCGUAACUCAAGACGACGGAAUCCGACCCAACGCUUCCCUGGAGCAAUUGGCAAAGUUGAAGCCUGCCUUUCUUCCAGACGGCGCGUCCACUGCUGGAAAUUCGUCUCAGAUUUCCGAUGGCGCAUCCGUCGUCCUAAUGGCUCGCCGCAGCACUGCUACUAGGCUAGGGCUUUCGGACUACAUUCUGGGCAAAUGGGCUCGAUCAGCAGUGGCAGGUGUUGCCCCUGAUGAGAUGGGUGUUGGUCCCGCCGUUGUUAUUCCCAAGAUGCUCGAAUCAGCCGGAAUUCUGGCCAGUGAUGUCGGCGUUUGGGAGAUUAACGAAGCUUUCGCCAGUCAAGCGCUCUACUGUGUUGACAAGCUGGGCAUUGACAUGAACAAAGUGAACCCUAAUGGAGGUGCCAUAGCGUUGGGUCAUCCUCUUGGUGCUACUGGGGCGCGCCAGUUGACGACGCUUCUACAUGAGCUCAAGAGGAGUGGACAACCUGUUGGCGUUGUUUCUAUGUGUAUUGGUACAGGAAUGGGCAAGAGUGCUCUGAUUAUUUCCGAGUAA